UGUUGUUUUUUUGCUCUUCAGUUCAAACAUGGGCUGACUGACGCUGAAGCCAGGCUCCUUCUAACGACAUCGGAAUUUCCUUUGGUUUGCACUUAUUGAAAUCGAAAGGAAUGGGUGUCAGCAACUUAUGCUUCGAGUAAAUGACGCGUUUGUCAACUACCAGUGCCCAGGGGUGGGAAUUAAAUGGGGUUUACCCAGCUCUUCAAAUAGGGAACGGGUUUUCUUAAUUUGACCCAAAGCCAGCCCCCUAGUGCGGAACGGCUCAAAGUGUGUUACACCUGACGGGUGACGUCACAGAUAACCAGCCAAUAAAAGCGAUUGAAGAGCUUUGAGCUGAAUCGCCCUCUAAACUCCCAACAGGAUACACUGACUACAGAACAAGUUCUGCUUUCGCAAAAACAACAUCAACACGACCGUGUACCGCUGCCUGACUACGCUUUCGAAAAAAAUGCCGAAAGCUUUCCUUGUGAAGAAGAAGAAGACGGAAAAGAUCAGAAGGCUGCCUUCGAACGCAAUCAUUUCCAGCCCGAGAGACGGUUAUAAUCAAGAUUUACAACAUGCUACAACACCGCCGCUUAUCAACACAAUGCUUCACAUGCCGGUCGAAAUGACCUGGGAAAAGAGACUUUUCACCUAUCCGGCCGAAGUUUCCAGCCUCAAUGUGCUGAAAGAAAUUCCAAAGAGUGUUACCGUGGAAUCAAACGAAAAACAACCAGGUAUAAGAAGCGUUGAUGAAAACGGCAAUGAGAUUGCCCCAGGGCAAACAAUGCGAAAUCACUACCAAUGUCAGGAGUGCAGCAAAAAUUAUUCUUCGCUAACAUCGCUUCUAAGACACCAGCAAUAUCAUUGUCAUCCGCACCAGAAGCGUCCGUUCCACUGCAAAUACUGCGACAAACUGUACGUGUCCCUUGGAGCGCUUAAAAUGCACAUUCGGACUCAUACACUGCCUUGUAAGUGUAAAAUCUGCGGGAAGGCAUUCAGCCGACCCUGGCUACUUCAAGGACAUAUUCGAACACACACAGGUGAAAAGCCAUAUAAAUGCCCGAAUUGCCAGCGCGCUUUCGCAGACAGAUCGAAUCUUCGUGCGCAUCUACAGACACACUCAGACGUGAAAAAGUACAGCUGUGGUCUUUGCUCGAAAUCUUUCUCAAGAAUGUCACUACUACUUAAACAUGAAGACAACGGCUGCCCUGGUAAUAGCACUUAACACGGAAAACUGAUUAACUAUAUUCCAGAACGAUCGAUUCGCUAUCAAAGCUCAGCAAAUCGCGCCAUGAUAAGUUAAAUGGCUUACCGGCGCUCAAAAGAAAAAAUUUCAGUUGUGGUUAAAGUGUUGGAAAUAAUUUCCUGAAAGAUGUCUUUGUUUAAACGUAAGAUGACAAUAGAAUUGACGCUAAGAGAAGCCAGUCUAAGAAAAAAAUGUUUAAUAGGCUCUGGUGUAGAGAAUAGUCCGAUUAAGUAACAAGAUCGCCGGAAUUUUAACAAGAAUAAGAUUGACUUUUCUCUAACAAUUUGACAAACAAUCCAGUCUUUGCAAAUGUGUUUAAGAGCUUUUAAACACUGGGAAGUUGUAACAACGAAUUCGUCAUUAAAAACCAACUUCCAUCGAUAAAAAGAAAUGGCAGAUAUGUUUUCUAUUACUGUAAAUCUUACACCCAAAAAAUUGUUAGAAUGUAUGUGCAGGGAGAUCGUUUAUGAAUGGAGAUUUCAUUUCAAGCGAGUCUGAGUAAUCUUCUGUCGCCCUUGUACACAAAGAAACCGCAUUAAUCAGUGCAGAUAUUUGACUAUGCUUAACACCUGUUGAAUCAAAGUUAUCUUUGAAUCGAGUAACCUUGUUUGCAAACACCUGGAAUAAAAUUUUACGAAUAUGCUGUA